AUGAAUCGUUUUGGUGAUAUUGAUGUUUCAAAUAAAACACUCCCACCUGUUUAUGGUUAUCGUAGUGAAAAACUUGUUCCUAUUGAAAAAGCAUUAGAACCUAUCUUACCACACAUUGAUGAAUUACCAUAUUACAUAGAACAUGCUAAAAAACACUGUCAUUUUCCAUCAGAACAUGGACUAACACAAGAUCAAUCAGCUGCUAUCUAUAUCUAUACAAUGGAAUGGGGUGAUACUACAUUGUAUCGUUUAUUAAAUAAAGCAUUACGAUCAGAAGAUCGACAAGCAUUAAAGAUAUGGUUUCCGUACUUGAAACUAUUUGAUACAGCAUUGGAUAAGCUACCUACGGUCAAAGAAGCAGUAUGGCGAGGUGUACCUAUUGAUAUUGGUAAGAAUUACACCAAAAAUCAAAUUGUGACAUGGUGGAGUGUGAAUUCAUGUUCAUCAUCGUCGAACGUUAUUAAGACUUUUCUUGACAAUAGCAAAACGUCAACCCUAUUCUUAAUCGAAGCUAUUAAUGGAAAAAAGGUUUCUGGAUAUUCAGCAUAUGAAUCUGAAGAUGAAGUUAUUUUACGGAUGGGUACCAAAUUUCGUGUAAAAAGUGAUCCAUUGGAUCAAUCGAAUGGUUCAUAUGUUGUACAUUUAAUUGAAAUUGAUAAUAACAACGCUGAACCAUUAGCAUCCGCUAUGACUCAAAUGCAAUUGACUACAACAGCAUCAAUGAAUAAUAAUAUUUCUGGUAAGUGA